GUAACUCUUGUAGUAGUUUCCUUAGUUCCCUUCUCUUCUCUCAAUGAACAUUUUCCUUCCCGCCUUGCCGAAAGUAAUAAACCAUAGAAAUCGGGAAGACGAAAUGUGUGGGAGAGGCCGUUGCACUCUAAGACCCGAUGACAUUCCAACAGCGUGUCACCGUACAACUGCCCCUACUCGUCUUCUCCACGUUGACCGGUAUAGGCCAUCGCAUAAUGUGUCGCCGGGAUUCCACAUGCCCGUUGUUCGUAGAGAAGAUGCGUCUGAGAGUGAAGGCCAUGUUCUUCAUUGCAUGAAAUGGGGUUUAAUCCCUAGUUUCACAAAGAAAACAGAGAAACCUGAUCACUACAGGAUGUUUAAUGCUAGAUCUGAAUCCAUAGAUGAAAAAGCUUCGUUUCGUCGCCUGCUUCCUAAAAACAGAUGCCUUGUUGCAGUAGAAGGAUUUUAUGAGUGGAAAAAAGACGGUUCAAAGAAACAGCCUUACUAUAUUCACUUCAAAGAUGGACGACCUCUUGUCUUUGCUGCUCUUUAUGACUCGUGGCAAAAUUCUGAAGGUGAAACACUAUACACAUUUACUAUUGUUACUACCUCUUCCUCUUCAACACUUCAGUGGCUUCAUGACAGGAUGCCGGUGAUUUUGAGUGACAAGGAUUCAACUGAUACUUGGCUAAAUAGUGCCUCCAGUUUUAAGAGUGUGCUGAAGCCUUACGAAGAAUGUGAUUUGGCCUGGUACCCUGUAACACCUGCUAUGGGUAAGCCAUCAUUUGAUGGACCUGAGUGUAUUAAAGAGAUUCAAGUAAAGGCAGAAGGUAAUAUUCCAAUCUCUAAGUUCUUUUCAAGAAAGGGAGGUGAAGGUGAAGACACUAAGUCAGGGCAUAAAAUACUAUCACUAUGUCAUGAACCAGUCAAGACCGAACAGACAACAAAAGACCUCAGUGAAGGUGCUAAAACAGAGGAGGGUGAGAGUGACUUAAAAUCCAGCGGUUCUUCUCCUCAAAAUGUUACCAAGUUCACAGUCAAGCGCGAAUACGAUGCUAUUUCUUCUGAUUCAAAGCCAUCUUUAGGAAUUAAUGAUCAGGUUAUUGCGAACCCACCAACAAAGAAAAAGGAAAAGGCAAAGAAUGCUGAUGAUAAACAACCAACCUUAUUUUCCUUCUUUGGAAAAAGGUAACCACUAACUAGUUUUUGGUCUGCAUGAACUUAAAGUUUGCUAAUUUACAAUGUUUUGUAUUUAUGUAAAUUAUGUAGAACCAUUUUCUUCUAGCUCUUGCAUGUUCCAUAUAGAUAAGGUUUUAGUUGAACACCACAUUUUGCAGUUGUUAUGUCUAGUUUUGUUGGAAGGUCUCUCUCUGUACCCAAUAGAUUAAAUAUGGCAUUUUGUUGUAUUUUAUGGUUUUUCUGGUUUCAAAAUAUGUCAUCUCAAUAUAUUGAUGUCAAUUCAUGUAAUCGUCAAAA